GUGCGAAACGAAAACGCAAAUCACAUACUCCCUGCUCUCCUUCUCUCUUCUCUCUCUCAUAGUGUACAUUUCUCUCCCUCUGUGACACGCAUUCAUGGAUUCCCCUUCUCGCUCCUCCGUCAUCAUUGUUGGAGCCGGUAUCUCUGGUAUCUCCGCAUCGAAGGUUCUGGCCGAGAAAGGCGUCGACGACAUCAUCAUACUCGAGGCCUCUGACAGAAUCGGUGGUAGGAUCCGCAAAGAGCAAUUCGGCGGCGUAUCGGUGGAGCUCGGCGCAGGCUGGAUUGCCGGCGUCGGCGGCCGCGAGUCCAAUCCUGUUUGGGAACUCGCCACCGAAGCCGGUCUACGAACCUGCCUCUCCGAUUACAGCAAUGCUCGUUACAACAUCUACGAUCGCAGCGGCAAGAUCUUCCCGAGUGGAAUCGCUGCUGAUUCGUACAAAAGAGCGGUUGACUCAGCGAUUCAGAAGCUUCGGAACCUGGAGGACGGACAUGAUGAUGUUACUAGAAAGAUAAUGGAACCGCCUUCGACGCCGAAGACGCCAAUAGAAUUGGCUAUUGAUUUCAUCCUCCAUGAUUUUGAAAUGGCAGAAGUGGAACCAAUUUCCACCUACGUAGACUUCGGUGAAAGAGAAUUUCUAGUUGCAGAUCAAAGAGGGUACGAUUGCUUGCUCUAUAAAAUGGCUGAAAGUUUUCUCUUCACUUCUGAGGGCAGAAUCUUAGACAGUCGUCUUCAAUUAAAUAAGGUUGUCAGGGAACUGCAGCAUUCGAGAACUGGCAUUAGGGUGAUAACAGAAGAUGGUUGCGUUUACGAAGCUAAUUACGUUAUUCUGUCCGUUAGCAUUGGCGUUCUCCAAAGUGAUCUAAUUUCCUUUAAUCCACCUUUACCUAGGUGGAAAAUGGAAGCCAUAGAGAAAUGUGAUGUGAUGGUGUACACUAAAAUCUUUCUCAAGUUUUCGUAUAAGUUCUGGCCAAGUGGACCCGAAAAGGAAUUCUUCAUAUAUGCUCACGAGCGACGAGGCUACUACACAUUUUGGCAGCACAUGGAGAACGCAUAUCCCGGUUCCAACAUCUUAGUAGUGACGUUGACAAACGAGGAAUCGAAACGUGUAGAAGCUCAAUCUGAUGAAGAGACUUUGAUAGAAGCCAUGGCUGUUAUCAGGGAUAUGUUUGGUCCCAACAUACCUGAUGCCAUUGAUAUACUUGUUCCCCGCUGGUGGAAUAACAGGUUUCAGCGUGGCAGCUACAGCAACUAUCCCAUUAUCUCAAAUCUUAACGUCUUUCACAAUAUAAAGGCCCCAGUUGGUCGCGUUUUCUUCACAGGAGAGCACACAAGUGAAAGAUUUAAUGGCUACGUACAUGGUGGUUACCUUGCAGGUAUUGAUACCGGCAAAGCAUUACUUGAAGAAAUGUGGAAUGAAAAGGAAAGAAAAAAAGAGAACCAAUCCCUAUUGUUAGAGCCUUUGUUAGCAUUGACAGGGUCAUUAUCAUUGUCUCAACCAGACACAGUGUCGAAUAUCCACAAAUGCGAUAUUCCUACGCAGUUAUAUCUCAAUGGCAACCUUGGGAUCCCAGAGGCCAUAUGCAGCCCCAGAGGCCAUAUUAUGACUGCAUAGAGUUGUUGAGUAUCACAAUGUAGAAUAAGACGACGACGAAAGAAGCAUAACUAAUAAGAUUCAUCCUGGCCUGGUGGGUAUUGAUUCAAAUUCGGAGUCCCGUUCAAGCCCUUGGUGCCAUGGGGUAGUCUAGAUUAACAAAGUCUUCUAUAAGCAGAAAAAAGAAUGAAGAAGGAGCAAAAGUAAACGUAAAAAUAGAUUUAACCAAAAAAAAGAGGAACAAUGUUGGUGGGCUAAAAUUAGAUUAACAAAAAAGAGUGCGCUGAUCUCUCACUAUAUAGUUCAUAUGAUAUCAACGCUAAUGGAGCAUAUUAGGGUAUAUUUUUUUAGAAAUGUUAGAGAGUCAUCAAAAUUUGUUGUUUUUGGUCAUUAAUUAGCUAUCAAUGUUUAAAAAUAUGAGAUAAAGUAUGUUAGAUUGUUAGACUAAAAAAAUUGAGUUGAUGGCCAAAAUAAUAAAUUCUUAUGACUCUACAUUUCUCAUAUUUUUUUAAGGGAAUUAAUUGGUUUAGUUAUUCUUGUGAUUACUUUCUUCUUUUAUGGCCAGAAGUAAAAAAUAUGUUGUAAGAAUGCUGGCUUAUAUGUUGUAUCCACUUAUCGAUUUUUAGCUAAUAAUUAAUUGACGUUAUUCAAAGGAAAUAGGGGUGGCAACACUACCCGAACCCGCGGGUAAUUACCCGCACCCGCACCGGAGCGGAUUUUAGCGGGGCGGAUUCUUGGGCGGGGCGGGGUCGGAUUUAGGUUAAACCCGCC